UCUCUCACACACACACAUACACACACACACACACACACACACGCACGCACGCACGCACACGCGUCUCCUGGAGGAGUAACUAACUUACACCAACAGGAGAUGAAAGAAAAAUAACAACAACGAAAAAUCCCCCAAGAGGGUAAAGAGACACUUUUCCUGCGGGACGACGCAGGCUGCACGCUCCUUUCAACUCGGAGGGUCCGACCCGGGCUGCGGUUUCCUCCGCUGCUACGAUGUGCGUCCACCGCUUCUCGAAGCUCCUCCGGGGAAGAAGCGACUCGUUCACCGGAUGAUGGACAGGAACUACCCGAGCUCCAGCUUUGCGGACGCGCUGGCUACUCCGGCACAGACCGCAGCUUCGUGGGCCUACGACCGCGGCUCGGCUAGCACCAAACCAAGUCCCAAUUAUGGAGCGGCACACCUCGAUGGAGAGCUCCUCCAGCACCAGAGCUACUCGUCAACACACCAGCCUCCUACUUACACUACAACUCACAUCCCAGCAGAUACAAGAACACUUGAGUCAAGCAGCAAUACUCCAGUGACCUCAAUCAUGAGCUUCCUGUCAGCUAUGGAGUCGAGAAGUCUUCAGGCUGGUCCUGUUAGUGCCUCGCUGCUUCCUCCUUUUAGACCUCCGUCUUGGCCCGCUGGUACCAACUCUUCCACCACUGAGCUGUACUUGACUGGUGCCCUGCCUUCAACAGCCACUUUCCCGUCUCCUGCUGCUCUGUCAUCCUUUCAGCACACAGGUGCCUACCCUUCCAGGAGUUAUGCUACCAACGCCUCCCUGGCUCUCCAGGAUCCUGCCUUCAGCCCUUCCACUAACGGCCUGUUUUCUCACCAUGAUUCGCUGCUCCAUUACAAACCCAGCCAGGCUGUCCUUCCCACUGCCCUGGCCUUCAAUCACCUCUCCACGCCAUCCCUGGGCUCUGCUCUGCCUGUGCAGUCCUCCACGUACCGCUCGGCCCAGGAGUCAGCCCCACACCUCUUGCAGCCCCAAUUCAGUUUGCUUCCCACUGCACUGCCUGCUCCUCAUGGUGCCCCGCAGCCAUACGGGGCUACAGUUUUCUCUAACUCUAUUGAAAGAGCACUUCAACGUGAAUGUAGUGUGAUCAAGCACCACCAGAGGCCUCCAAGUACCCACAUGGCCUCGGAGGAGUUGCCCAAUUCGGAGCACUCUCUGCAGAGUUACUACGGCCCAGGCAGUGAAACAGAUGUGUCCUACCAGGAGGACCCAUCCCGUCACACCCCGGUGUCCAGCUGCUCAUCAUCGAGGGCAGACUCAACCCAAGUAGUCGAUGGUUCUCCACAGCCAAAAACGGAUGCUUUUCCAUCUCCUUCACAAGACUGUUCCUCCAAAAUAGCUCCACACUCUGCUGGGGAUGAAGAGAGUUCCUCUCAGAACCUAAGAACAGGGUCUCCUGAGCAUUAUCCUGCUCACAAGCACAACUCAGUGAUUUCCAGUCAGCAAGUAGUCCAGCUCUCUAACCUACUGGCAAGUGGUUUGUCUCAGACCUACAUCACACCCCACACUCAGACUCCGACCUCCCAAUCCCCUUCUGAAAAACUACCCUCCCUUUAUACAACUCUACCUUCUCUGUCAAGCCACUCUGAUAAUGUGGCACCUCUUGGCCAGACUCUUGUGUACUCCUCCACCCCUGGGCUGAGGCAGGAGGAGGGGGUCCCGUACGCAGCCCAGGUCCAAAGCUUGUGUCAGGACACUUUCUCUGAAAGUUACUCUACUUCCCACUCUCAGGGUGCCCCGAAUAUGACAUUUACAUCUCCGCCACAAGAGCAGGAAUCUGUGGCACCGUGUCAAAGCUACAGCACCGGACAUUCCCUUAAUGCUGUGUAUUCGGCCACUUGUGUACAGAGCCUCCCAACAAGUUCUACCGUGGACUAUGGCCAUGUGCAGGACUCGUUGGGAGGGGACGCCCACAGCGCUCUGACGCAGACCCAAAACAUUUUGUCUGUAUCCAUGCCCACCUACUCUUCAUCUGCUCAGUCUUUACAAAACACCAUAAGCUCCUCCAUACAGGACAUAAAGCCAAUAUAUUCCAAACAAAAACUUGAAGAGCUUCCUCUCCAGGAUAUCGUGGCUCUACAACAAGUGUCUAUGGUUUCUGCUGCAGAUAGCAGCGCGGUCCCCCAUAACAACGUCAUCUGUGUCGUUUCGAAAAUGGACGAUCACAAACAGCAAACUGUCAUUCAUAGCAAUUCUCAAUCCGAUGAACAGUUCCUGGGACACAGUCUUACACAUUCAGUACAGCUGAAGGAUGAACCGAUUGGUUCUGUGAGCCAGCAGCAGAUUUGUUCAAAUGGCGUCGAUGGUCAUGAAGUUGCCAACGCGACGACUACAAACUCCACGAUCAUUCCGUCCCACGUUCCUCUUUGUCCAGAGCAACUAAAGCAGCCCCCUGUUCAGCUUAGGCCUCCCGACCCACUUCAACAGAAUCAACAAAAUAACCAGUUCAUCACACUUCCUAGCUCUCAGGUUCUCCUCGAGCCCAACCAGGUGAUUCUGGUCCAGCAGCCCCUUGUUCACCACAGUGAACCACCAGCUCAGUGCGUGGACCCUGUUCAUGUGCAGUACCUUCAGAUGAAUCGAGACCUUCUAACUCCCAUUGUCACUGAAACCCAAAGUCUGCAGGCCACAGUAAUGACCGAGCCAAGAUCGGAGUGUUCUUCUUCCUCUAAACAUCACUACAGCCAGGCAGCAGGUCAGCAACAAAACGACACCAAGAACCAGUUCACCCUCAACUCUAUUUGCUUCCCAGACUCUAUGCUGCUGGCAGACGACAGAAAUAUCUUGUCAAACGUUGACGACAUCUUGGCUGCCACUGUGGUGGCCUGCGGUGUUGCACCCCAAGAUUUUGUGAAAGCUGCAUCUUCCGCUGAGGCUGAAAUGGCAGAAAUAGGAAGUCCCGUUGAGUCCAAAGCACAUCUACAGACGAUCGAUUUGAGACAAAUGUCACCAAGUUUCUCCUCAGCACAGCAUUCAAUCACAACCAACACUAACUGUUACACUGUCAGUAUGACGUUAGAUGGAGCCCAGAUGGUCACCGACUGUCAGGGUCAGCUCGUUCUGCAUGAUAGCUCUACCGAUCUAAACACGAAUAAACAUGGUAGGAGCUCUGAGAAUGGCUACCACUCAGGCGAACAGAUGUUUGACUCUUCAGGUGUCCAAAACCAAGUCAAAGACAAUGCUAAAUGUGCUAAAACACAAGAGGUCUUCAAAGAAUGUCCUGCUGGGGAAGAUUCUUCAAAAAAGAAGGUACGCUCCAAGUCCUCAAGCAAAGCAGGAGCUGCUGAAGAUGAUGGAGGACCAUCAAGACUAGCCAAGCGUAGUGGGCAGUCCAAGAGGCAAAACUCCAGGGCCAGUGAUGUCAGUCCGCCAUCAGCUCCACAGAGUACCUACGAUGGCUGUCCCCAACAAGAGAGAAUCAGGCAAAAGAUUCGAGAAGUGGAAGAGAAACAGCCAGAAGUCAAAACUGGCUUCAUUGGUUCCUUCCUGGACUUUAUCAAGUCUGGACCCAAACAGCAGCACUCCCAAAGUCCUGCAAGAACAGCUAAUCGCCCGAAAAAACCAUCCGCCCAUUCCAAACCGUGCGCUUUGUCUGCUUUGCGCCCCAAAGUACAGAUUCUGCCUGGACCGUUGCUUCAUCAGGAGAGUCCGGCAGCGAGCUCUCAGCAGAAACGUCUGGAGGAAGAUCUCCAAAAGAACCUGGAGACUUUGCCAUCCUUCAGCUCAGAUGAAGAGGAGAACACUGGUAGGAACCAAGCUCUGAGGAACAGCAUCAGCUCAGCACUCUCGUCUCUGGACGAGGCGGCAGAUCGGAAAACAAGGACAGAUAACCAAAUCCACAGUUCCACAAUGAAACCAGACCAGCUUCCGACCACGUCGUUCAUCGUCACGCAGGUCUACCUGCAGCAGGUGCCCGCUGCACCUGUGGCAGCCGUGGUCUCAGGUGGGACGGCGUUUGUGACCAAAGACGAGCUUAAAGUGGUCCCGUCAGGCGAGCUGGCUGUGCAGCUGAUGAGCGUGGCCAUGGAGGGACUCACAGAUGAGGAGCUGUCUGACAGCGGGGGAGAGGGAAUGUACCGGGAGAGAGACGAGUUUGUUGUCCGGAAGGAGGAGGUCGAAUCCAUGAAGGCGACAAUGAGGGCAGGAACUGAGCCUCCGGCUAUUUGGAAGGUCCAGAAGGCUUUGCUGCAAAAAUUUGUGCCUGAGAUGCGGGACGGAAAGAGAGUCUUCUCCGCCACAAACAGUUACCUUGGAUACUUUGGCGAUGCGAAGAACAUGUACCACAGAGUGUACGUGAAGUUUCUGGACACGGUGAACAAAAGGGAGUACGUGCGUGUUUGUAGCCGGAAGCCGCGCUGCAAGCCGAUGAGCUCUUUUAGGGGUUCUCAGGUGCAAACUCUGCUGGGCUUGAUGGCUCUACCUUCCUCCGUUUUCCAGAACCAAAAGCCUCGACCCAAACAAGCAAAACCGAGGGCAGAACCGCCACCCAAGAAGAGGAGGAAGUGGAAAGAGGAGUGUUCAUCCACGGCCUCAGGAUCACCACCUGAAGAGCUAAGCCCUCCGUUUGCUUCAAGGCCCAUCAACACUCGAACCAUGAAGGAGACGUUCAGGAGUUUUGUGGAGCUGCUCGUCAGCGCCGCCCUGGACGAUGACGUGCUGGCAGCUCUGGAGAAAGCCAAUGAUGAGUUGCUGCUGCCACACAUGAAGAAAGUAGAUGGCAUGAUUGCUGACAACAGCAAACGCCUGCUGAACAAACUGCACGUGGGGCAGGUCCUAAAGGCGGCCUUGGACGGCUUCCCAGAGAUUUCCGUGGUGACAGAACCGGAGAAAGACGGGGAAACCCCAGCCUUUAAGGUGCGCCUCAGUGGAAAAGCCUACAAUAGGAAGACUAUGAAGCCGUACAAGGUGGCCAACAAAGUGCCUCAGGAGUAUACAGUGGACCAGCAGAAAUCUCAGUGGUUCUCUCUGUACCACUCUUUGCAGCAUUACAAAUACCACACGUACCUCAGGUGUAAGGACAAGAUUGCGUCUCUGCAGGUUCAGGCAGGAGACCUCGGGCAGGAGGAGACCAUACAAAAGUGUCUGCAAAACGGAGCUUGGGUCGAGAAGCUCUUUGAUCGCUUCGGGGAGCUAAUCAGUCAAGUGCAGCAGGUCUGCACAUGAUCCAGUCUCUGCAAAUUUGUUCUUCAUAGGAUUGACUCUUUGUGAGUUGGAGGUAUUGUGAUAUCCAAAAUGAUCACUAAAGAUGCAGUUUGUAAAUAAAAUGGCACAUGCAUUA